GAUAUCUCCUCCGGUUUCCUCUCGCCUCCAUGUGAACCACCCGGAGUGAGGACGUUUAUUGCUGCUGCAGGAUAAUGAUGAUGAUGAUAAUAAUGAUGAUAAUAAUGAUGGUGAUGGGAGGAGGCCACGGCCGUAGGUGCAGCCCUCGCUAGAAUCCUACUUUCCGUCCCGACUUCACCCCUCCACCCGAACAUCGUCUACGGCCGUCCCUCUGCCCCGGCGCCAUGGCCAACCAUCUGGAGCUGAUCCAGGAGCUGCAGCAGCUGGACAAAGUGCCCAGUCUGGAGAGGCUGCGGGCGGCCCAGAAGCGGCGUACCCAGCAGCUGAAGAGAUGGGCCGUUUACGAGAAGGAGAUGGAAAACAGGAAGCGAAAGGCUGACAAGAAGGGACGCAAUGCCAACAACCUCCAUCAGGCCGAGUCCAAGAGGCACGUGUCGUUUGCCGCCAGCGUGGCUCUCCUGGAGGCGUCGGCCAGGAACGAUCCAGAUGAAGUACGCUACCUGCUGAAGAACAAUGUGAGUCCGGACCUCUGCAAUGAAGACGGCCUCACCGCUCUGCAUCAGUGUUGUAUAGAUAACUAUGAGGAGAUGGUGAAGAUCCUUCUGGACCGAGGAGCCAGCGUCAACGCCCAGGACAACGAGCUGUGGACGCCGCUGCACGCCGCUGCUACCUGUGGCCACGCAGGACUGGUCAAGGUCCUCAUUGCACACGCGGCAGAUUUGCUCGCGGUCAACUCUGAUGGGAACAUGCCGUACGACCUGUGUGAAGACGACCCAACGCUGGACAUCAUUGAGACGGCGAUGGCCAAUCGAGGCAUCACCCAGGAGAUGAUCAACGAGACACGAGCAUCGACCGAGAUGAGGAUGAUGGCAGACGUCCAGGAGCUGCUGCGACAGGGAGAGGAGGUGAACCAGCAGGACUCUCAGGGAGCCACGCUGCUCCACAUCGCAGCAGCAAGCGGCUACGUGCAGGCGGCAGAGCUGCUGCUGGAGGGGGCAGCUCGCAUGGACCUGAGAGACUCCGACGGAUGGCAGCCUCUACACGCCGCAGCAUGCUGGGGUCAGAUGCACGUGGCCGAGCUGCUGGUGUCUCACGGAGCCAGCCUUAAUGCCAAGACCUUCCUGGACGAGACCCCCAUCGAUCUGUGUGAGGAUGAGGAGUUCAGAGCCAUCCUGCUGGACCUGAAACACAAACAUGACAUUAUUAUGAAAUCACAGCUCAAACACAAGACCUCCCUGUGCAGGCGGACAUCCAGCGCAGGCAGCCGAGGAAAAGUAGUUCGGCGAGCGAGUCUGUCGGACCGACACAACCUGUGCCGUAAAGAAUACGAGACCGAGGCCAUCGUGUGGCGGGGAGGGAGAGAGGAGGCGGAUGAAAAGGAGAAAGAGUCAGAUCAGGAGAAUAACCAGGUGGUCAAUGUCGAGCCGGUCGUGGCUGUGGAGCUGCCAAACAAGCCCAAGUUUCCCACCAUCCUCAAAGAUGGCAGCAGCAGACCGAACGGCCUCAUCUCCACGACGACGUCCAUGCCGCAGCCACCGCCCCCCAACGGCAGCACGCAGUCGUCUGAUAGGGGCGGGGCCAUCCCCAGCCCGCCCAGUCAGGAGGAGGCCUGGCCGAAAGAGCGCGCUCAGACGCUGUCCGAGCUCAAGAAACAGAGGGCUGCCGCCAAAUUGUUGAAUCAGCCCUUGUUCAAUGGUCACCUAGGUAACGGCUCCACAGACUCCUUCACUGAUGCCAAAAACAACUCCGAGGACCCCCGCAUGCCGCUGGUCUCCUCCAAUGGCAACGCGGUUUACUACACCCCGGCCAGCGGCGACCCGCCCCUCCUCAAACUGAAACAGCCAAUAGAGGAAGAGCAGCCCAAGGUGCCAACCUGCUGCUGCGUGUCAUAGCACCCCCCCCCCCCCCCCCCUUGUACCUCACUGCCAUGUGACUCCUUGUCCACAAACUCAGGCGUGUGUCAAGCGGCGCAGAGAGGAGGAAAAUAAACCGAGCAGUGCCACUUCCAUCCUCUAGGUGGCACUUGGAUUAAAAGUCUCCACGUGACAAAUGGAUGGAGAGGGAGUCAGAAGCUGCGACUCUGUCCCCCGGGAACCAAUAAGAAUCAAAGAGUGGACACAAGUUAGAGACGAUCUCAAGGUACAAGGUGCAUGUUCGUCCUCAGAGGUAAAGACAAAAAACUAUAUUUAGAACAACAUGGUUAUCGUGCGGUUGAACAACAUUUACUUUAUGUCAUAUCUCUUGGUCCAAUAGGCGAGAAAGCCGCCACAGAAUCAGCUCAAUGUGUCCGAUGACGUCACGUCGUACUCCAACAUAUCAGAAACGUAGCAAACAGAGAUCUGUGACGUCUCCUCUGAAGUGUCUGUCAUGUUAGAACGCUGCCUGCAUAAUUAAAGGGAAGGAAUGCCAUAAGAGGGCGGUAACAUAUUCAGGAAGUGUACCCGGAAAACAGGAAAGAGUCCUGCACUAGUGUUUGAAAUUGUCGCUAUAUAU